AUGGGCCAGCAGCCCACGCCCGAGCAGAUCCAGCAGAUCCAGCGCAAGAUCGCUGAAGAUGCCCAAAAGGCUGGCAUGACUGUGCCCGAAUUUAUCGAGCACAUCAAGCAGCAGCAGUUUGCGCGAAUGCGCCAGAUGCAGAUGCAACAGGCCGCAGCGCAGCAGCAGCAACAGCAGGGAGGAGGACACGAAGGCCACAACCAUCCUCACCCUCAUCCGCACCCUCACCCGCAUCCUCAUCAGCAGCAGGGCCAGCCACAGCCCAUUACUCCCGGCCCGCCCAACCCUAAGGGACUUGCCGUCGCCAAGUUUCUGCGUAGCCAGGACUUGAAGCCACGUACCUCGAUUCUGAAUGGCGAGCGCAAAGACAUGUUCAAGGUCAAGCGUGCUCUGCGAGCGCUGCAGUCUCCGGCAUAUGAAAAGGCUCGAAAGAAGAACCCUCUGUUGCCAGAAAUCACCGACCGAGCCUCUCUGGAGAACACCUUUAAGCUGCUGCCCCUCAGCAUGCUUGCGCUUAGAGUCACCAAGCUCGAGCCCCAACCCGGCCCCAACGGCAAGAAGCCCAAGCGUGUCAAGGGCCAGUGGAAUGUUAGGAUAGAGCAGCAGCAAGAGGCCAGAGACGACAUGUACUACGUGUGGCUCUGGGAGGGAAGCCAGGUCAAGCGUCAGCUGUAUGCCGCCCUUGCCCUUGUCAUCAUCUUCGCCGUUGUCCUGUACCCUCUGUGGCCGUUGGUCCUUCGACAAGGAGUGUACUACUUGAGUUGGGGCAUGCUGGGUCUUCUUGGUCUCUUCUUCGCCAUGGCCAUAUUCCGUGUUAUUCUGUUCUGCAUUACGUACUUUGCCGUGCCCCCUGGACUUUGGCUCUACCCCAACCUCUGGGAAGACGUCUCUUUCAUGGACAGUUUCCGACCAGUUUGGGCUUGGCAUGAGACCGAGAAGCCGAAGAAGAAGAAGAAGUCCAAGGCUGUUGCGGCAAACUCCGUCAUGGCUGCGGCUACUGGACAGGUGGCACCGACUACUGCCACGACCACGGGCACGGAUACACAGGUGGAUGUGGCACCUCAAGAGCCAAAGGUUUACGAGGCACCCAAAGUGGAGGAGCUGGCGGACGAGUGA